ACAAUCAACAUUCAUACAGAACGAACAAAAAUAAAAGUGAAGUGUGAAAAAAUAUUUUGCAAGAGUGUAGUAAUGGAAGAAGGGAAAGGAAGAGUUUGUGUGACUGGAGGUACAGGGUUUCUUGGUUCAUGGAUUAUUAAGAGACUCCUUGAAGAUGGUUACACCGUUAAUGCCACUGUUAGAGAUGAUCCAGAGCGCAAGAAAGAUGUUAGCUUCCUCACAAAUCUUCCAGGUGCAUCCCAAAAGCUAAAAUUCUUCAGUGCUGAUCUAAGUAUCCCAGAAAGUUUCAAUGCAGCAAUUGAAGGAUGCAUUGGAAUAUUCCACACUGCUACUCCAAUUGAUUUGGAAAUGAAUGAAUCAGAAGAAACAGUGACAAAAAGAACAAUUGAUGGAACAUUAGGAAUUCUAAAAGCAUGCAAAAAUUCAAAGACCGUGAAGAGAGUUAUUUACACUUCAAGUGCUUCUGCUGUGUAUUGGCAAGAUAAAGAUGAUGAUGUAAUGGAUGAGAGUUAUUGGAGUGAUGAAAAUCUUCUUAGAGAUUUGAAACCAUUUGCUUGGUCAUAUUCAAUUUCUAAAACUAUGGCAGAGAAAGCUGUUCUUGAAUUUGGAGAACAACAUGGUUUAGAUGUUGUGACUAUAAUACCAACUUUUGUUCUUGGACCAUUCAUUUGUCCCAAGCGCCCUGGCUCAAUUUAUACCUCUCUGUCUUUGUUAUUUGGGGACAAUAAUCCAUUUGGCUUCUCUCGUCUCCAUAUGGUGCAUGUUGAUGAUAUUGCAAGAGCACAUAUAUUUCUGCUUGAGCAUCCUAAUACAAAAGGGAGAUAUAAUUGUUCACCAUUCAUUGCAAAUAUUGAAGAAAUAGCUCAACUUAUUUCUGCCAAAUACCCUGAAUUUCGUAUACCAACACUAGAGGAGCUGAAGGAAAUUAAAGGUGACAAGCUUCCACAUUUAACCUCAAAAAAACUCAUGGAUGCUGGAUUCGAGUUCAAACACAGCCUUGAGGAAAUGUUGGACGAUACAAUUCAGUGUUGCAAAGAAAAGGGUUAUCUUUGAUUAGAAAAAAGAACAAGGUUAUAUGAGAUAUCAAAGAUAAUAAUUUAUACUAUUAAUAAAGGUGA